GAGGCUUUUGUGGGGGUUUUCUCUGUUGGAGCGUCUAUAUUUUUUUGCGGUCCUCCCCCCCGUUCAGCAUGACCAUGGUGUGAUGAUUCGAGCGGAUUUUUUUGGUGUUUUGUGUCAUGGUCAUGUCAAUUGUGGGGGAGUUUUGCGAUCAGAUGGAUCGCUGUUUCAUUCUAUGAGAAGAUGACGAAAAGGAAACGCCAAGAAUGGCCCGGCACCGACAUUGUUCCCUUAGGGGGCUGCCUUUGAAGCUCCCCCCAGGGAUUGGAGGCACUUGAGCGGCAGUCAAGCGCUCAAUGCGGUUUGCCGGCGAGAGUUUGGAAGUGAUAUGAUGGGAAUGAAGAUGAGGAUGAUGGAAAGAAAGGAAACUCGAGUCAACCGGAGAGAGGAGGAGCUCUUAUAUAGACGAGAUGUCUCUCUGGCACUCGAAACGUUCAAGUCAUACGGCAAAGCUUCUUACUCAUGGAUGAGAAGCCAUAGAACCCGGUGGGCUUCGGAGAUGGGCAACUGACGCUGG